AUGCAUCUGUUGACAGCUUCCGUUCCCGGCCGGCGGUGGGAUUUUCAAAACAACAGGAUCCAGGAUGCCUCCGAAAAAGGAUGCAAAAGGGGGCGCUAAGGCUGCAGCCCCCGCGAAAGGCGCCGGCAAAAAGGGCGCCGGUGGAGAAGAAGGUGCAGCAAAAGAGAAAAAGGGAGGAACGGCGGUCAAGGUGCGGCACAUACUUUGCGAAAAGCAGGGCAAAAUACUGGAAGCGCUGGAAAAGCUGAAGGAAGGGCAGGCGUUCAACGUGGUGGCGACCAACUACAGUGAAGAUAAAGCCCGCCAAGGAGGUGAUCUGGGAUGGCAGAUACGUGGCGCUAUGGUCGGGCCAUUUCAGGAUGCUGCCUUUGCCCUGCCGAUCUCAACCACUAACGCUCCCAAGUACACCGAUCCACCAAUCAAGACCAAGUUCGGAUAUCACAUCAUCAUGGUCGAAGGCAAGAAAUAGUAAUAAAGGAUCGUCUCUUUUCUAACCGUAA